AUAGAUCUAGCCGAUUCAUUAAUAAUUAAUCAACAGUGAUGGACCAUAGAUGCUAUAGGCUGCUUUUAUUAGGCGCCGCAGUUCGUCUCUACCAAAAUUUUACUUCUUUAGCGUCGCUUAUCGGGAAUCGCGUUGAGUUUGCAACUCCGCUAAACUCUUACAAGCGAAUGCAGGAGGGUGUAUUUUUGCUUAAGCAAGGCAUUGACCCAUAUCGAGGGGAUCUUGUCCAUGAGACGCCACUACUUCUGAAGGCAUUGUCCAAUAUUCUCAUAAACUAUGGAGAAUGGCUACCCUUGAUCUAUAUUAUACUGGACAUAUUCACUGCUGCCCUGCUUUAUCUGACAAGCAAGAGAUUCGUAGAACAAAAAUUGGAGGAGCAGCGUAUAGAGCAAAGUAGUUACGCAAAUGAUACAAAGGAGCGUCAGUACAGUAACAUUGAUAAAGGCGAUAUAUCCCUCAUGGUCCUACUGGCUUAUCUAUUUAAUCCACUUACUGUUAUGAGCUGCAUCGGCUUGACUUCAACUGUAAUAAGCACUUUGUUCUUAGCGAUAUUUCUAUAUGCAAUGAGCAGACGUCAGCUUCUAGUAUGUCUUUUAAUGCUUGCAUUUGAAAGCGUCCGCAGUCUAUAUCCGAUAGUACUUAUUGCACCGCUUUUGUUGCUGUGCCGCCGUUCCAUCUGUUUGGGCAUUAUCAUAUUUAUCAUAUUUGCAACUUGUUGCAUGGCUGUGGCAUCUGCAAACUUUUUUGUCAUGAAUAGCUGGAACUAUCUAGAUGGAACGCUCGGAUCCAUUUUUAAUUUUCGUCACAUGCAGCCCAAUAUAGGACUAUUUUUGUAUUUUUUUACAGAAAUGUUUGAGCAUUUUCAGUGUGCAGUACUUACUAUUUGCUCACGUUAA